UUUGUGUAGGCUUAUUUCCGAGCUGUAAUUAGGUCACCUGAGGAUGUAGUAAAAUAUACUAUGUCCGGUUUUCAGUGUACUGCUUAAGAAUUGUAUUAGCUGCUCCGCGGAGGGAUCUAUCAGUGGCGCUUAGCUCAACCGUGGAGGGCGAUUUGAAUGCCUUGUUGCUACACAAAGUUUUUAAGAAUAUUUGUUAGUUUUUUCGACCGUAUAUGAAUAUACAUUUAGGAGAUUUUACAUAGGUUUUAAGUUGGACGCUUAAGAUGUCUACAUAUCAGGCAGUCACUAAAGUCCCAGUGGGGGGUCAGGAGAGCAUGUCUCCCGCACAGGAAGACGCUCCUGCUGUUAUGAAUGAAAUCUCGACUCCCUUAAACUUUUCUGAGCUCACGCCACGUCAGUUCGGCAUCUCUGUGGAGAGUUUUAUUCCAUCCUCAUCAAACUGUAAAGACAAAUCCCGCCUCGCACAGAUAAAGACCCGGCGGAGAUCCAAUGUCGGCGCCCGGGGCUCGCCGGAGACAAAUUCCCUCAUCCGCUUCAGGGCCCAGCAGAGGACGAAGACCCCGCCCGCCUCACACACCCCAGAGGCUGUCCCCCGGGUCGCCUCCACGCUGAGGCAAAAGAUGGCCUCCUUCCAGAUCCUGAUGGACGUGGCGGAGAGCGACGGCUGCGAUCCGACCCCAGCGCCGGGCGGCAACGCCGCAGGAGGCAUCUCCACCAGAGAAUGUCCGUCUGAUGGGCUCAGCUGUAGUGAAGAGAAAGAGAACAACCCACCAGCUGCAGGCAGCAAACCCAGGCGGCCGGCCCCCCUGGACGGCUGCAGCGUGGAGAUUAGAGAGGGGAAUUUCUCUGGCCAUCACUCUAGUUUGAAGGAACAGGAGGACGCUUCCUGUAAACACCAAAGCUCAGGCCGACCUCCCUCUGACGACCCCUCAGCCGUUUCAGACUCCCAUCCCCUCCACAUCCCCUCUCUUCCUACUCUACUAGAGAUGAAAUCCCCAGUAAAUGCGGACGGGGCACUUGCAGUGAAGAAGAAGCAGGUGCGCUUCGGGGGUCCUUUAUCUCCCGAGCUCUUCGAUAAGAACUUGCCCCCCAGCACUCCGUUAAAGAAGGGGGGCACCCCAGCACUCCCGGCCACUCCCGGCGGGGGCCUGCAGCCGCGCUCGGUGCUGAAGACACCGCAGAGGAGCGACUCAGAAGACCAGCUGGAGCUUCUCAGCCUCGCUGGGUUUGGUGCUUCUCCCACGUUCUCAAUGCCUGGCAAACACAGAGUGGCGCAGGAGAGAGAGGACGGCGAGGACAGAAAGAUUUUUUUCCCGGCCAUGGAGGAGAUGGACUCGGCUGUGUCGAGUGAAGCAGAUUGUCCUUUUAAUGCUCAGCCGUUAAAUUUAAACAUGGCUUUCCACGAGGAGUCGCUCUCUCAACAUCUGCGAGAAUCCGCCUCGGAACCGAACCGAACCUCUCAGGCAGAUCAGUCAGAGGCUGAGGAGAAUCAACUUGACGGCGACGCUGAAAGUCUGACUCCGAUCCAGUCCACAAACAGAAUCAGAGCAAAGAACAAAGAGUCGUCUGAAAGCGAGCCUCGAGCUCGGCCCGGCAAGCGAAAGAGAAAGGCCAACUGUCUGUUCCUCCAGCAGCCAGAGGACUGCGAACCCCGGAAGAGGUCGACACGAUCUGCUGCCAAGUCGGCCUGCAGGAAGAUGAAGGCCUGUGCACAGGUGGCCCCCUCAGCCGCCUGCCGCUGGAAUAAGAAGGUAGAUUACUCUCUGUACGGCUCACGCGCGUACGCUUCCAAGAACCCCACCCUGAGUCCCAUCACAGAGAGGCUGUCCUUCAUCCAGCGGUCUUCAGCUGGACAGCAGACCUUUGAGAGCCCCACAGCCACACAAGGAUAUGUCAUCAACCUUCAAAUGCCAAAUGUUACUCUACAUAGAGAGGAUUGCACAGAGGGAAACUUUACCAUUAAAUCUGUCAGCCUUCCUAGCUGUAGUCCAGGGAGGGACAACAGGCAGCCGAGGAUUACAGCCAAGACAGGACGGAAGAAGAGAAAGGUCAGUGUUGCUGACUGCGAGGUGCUUCAGGAGGAAAUCACAGAGCAGCAAUUAGAAGUUGACGUUUCACAGGGAACUCCGUCGAUGCUCGCCAAGAGUGAGCAACGUGAAGCCGACCCUGAGGAGCCCUCUGUUGAUAUUCUCUGCACCGACUCAAGCAAAUCGGAAAACGACGCAAGUAUGUUGACACCAACUUCCAGCUACGCUCCUAUAGAUGAAGACUCCAGCGAAGCAGAAACAGCAAAUAAACAAGCUAAACGAGGCAGAAGGAGCUCAGCCCUGCUGGAACCACAUCAGGCAGGGGAGCACCAACCCGACUGCGAGGGGAAUGGGAAUCAGGAGGAGGAAGGGGGACCCAAUGUGGACCUCCCCCCUUGGCAGGCUGAUUUUAAUUUUGAGGACGUUUUCAAACCUGUUGCCACCAGAGGGCAGCGCACGGUACGCCGCAGUCUGAGGAACCAGGCGAACUCCGAGCACAGCAGCACCGGACUCACCUGGGUGCCUCACACCUCCCCCGAGUCAAUUAAAGAGACUCGCAGAAGGACGCGCCACAGGCGGCUCAGCUCGGCGCUGCCUGUCCAACCGGCUCUGCCCGAGGAGACGCAGGACUCCUCAUCGAGUCAGCCGACACCAGGGAAGCUAUAAUUUCUACGACUCCGAUCCGUUUGUCUUGAAUCAAGUCGAUUUCUCUAAGGAGACUGAUUGUUGUACAUUAGUUGGAAAGCAUCGACAGUUUUGUUCCUUGUGAAUUAUUUGAUCUGGCUUCAGUUUCCCUCGAGUAAUGAAGUCGGUCAAUACACUAAGAGCCCAAUGAUCUCUGCUGACCGCCUCCUGAUCAAUAUCACCCACUCAGCUGGUAAUCACAGUGCAUCUUCAGACCCCCCUCUGUCCCACUCUGAAGUCACUGGAUCAAGCAUCUUCUAGUCAAUACCGACUCUGUGGACAGAUAAAGAUGACUUUACUGCUAAUAUGUGGGAUCUGUGAUUUUAUUUCUUUUAAACUGUAUUGCUCAAAUGUGAAACUGCUUCUUUUUUUUUUUAAAUCAUCUUUUGCUCUUGAUCCAGAAAGUGUCCAUAUGUAAAACAGUCCAGCUGCUUCUCUCCAUCUGUGUGUUCACAUCCAGUUCCAGUAAAGCAGUGUUUCCUCUCA